AAGAUAAAGAGUCAGAGGAAGAAAUCUAUACAAGUUCAUCUCAAACCUUAUAUAUUCAAUGUGGCUAUCCAAAAUUAAGUAAUAAUAAUAUUAAUAAACAGAAAGAACAAGAUUAUCCUUGUAAACAUGACCAUGAGCAUGAGCAUAGCUGUGGUCAUAGUUGUGGAUGUAGUCACAAACAGGUUUCUCAAAAUAAUUUUUCUAAUAUCUGUUUAAUAAAUAUCCAUAUUGAGUUUUUAAUAAACAAAACUACUGCGCACCUUCAGCCAAUGGAUGCAGGAAUAAUUUACAGUUUUAAAGAAUUAAAAGAAGGUGAUGCAAGUGAUACUGAUAAAGAACCACCUGAAAUUUCUAUUAUUGAAGAGUUAAUUGGAUUAAAAAAAUUCAUUAGUUUCUUGAGCAACAAAAAAGUACUGACUUUAAUGUGA